GAUAACACUUCCAGUCUCCAUUCAGAGGGAAAGGUUUCGUUCCUAAUCAGCCAUGGCUUUAUCAUCCUUAUCUGUGCUAGCCUGCCUGUGUCUCAUCUCACUCACAGGAGUGUUGGCGGACGACUGCGCACCCUAUGUUGGUUAUGAUCUACGUAUACAUGGGAAACAGGAAUGUAUUCUAUUGUUCUGUGCGGGAAAUUGCUUUGAGAGAUACUGUGGUUUGCUCCCUGAAACAAUGUUGGAUCAGUCACAAUUCUCGUGUCUGCUAAACAAUCUUUACGUGGUGAUUGGAGUGGGCCUUGUGAUAGGUCUGAGUUUGGUGGCUUCUCUGAUCACCUGCAUCUGUAAAUGCUGUUUAUGUUGCCAGUUGUCUUCCCGUCCAAGCCAUUCUCACGUAACUUUUUCUGUGGCAGUGACCAAUGUCACACCUCAGCCAAUUGUGAUGCCAAUGGCUUACGCAGCAGGAUACCAGCCGGUUCCAAGCCAUCUUAUGCAUGCCGGACCAACAGACAAGGCCUGCAUGCCCCCACCAUAUCCAGGUGCAGACAACAUGGGUUAUGUUGAGUAUCCCUGAAAUGGAAACUCCCAUCGGAACUCAUAACAACAAUCUGAUAUCACUGUACUGUUCAAUAUAGGGAGAGGGAUAUUCUUAUUUUUUUUCCAGACUUAACUCAAAAUGUUGUACUGUUUCUACUUUGGUGUGUAGUUACUUGGCAUGGAUAACUCCUAUACUGCCAUAUGGGUUGCAGUACUCUGGCCCUGUUAAUUAGAGCACUGGUCCCCAACCCAGGCCUCAUGGACCAGUAACAGUCCAGGAUUUAUGUAUUUCCCUUUUUUUUAUUCAAAUGGAGAUACUGACGAAACCUAAACUCAAGGAUGGAAAUGAUCUCCAUUCUAAAAUCUGGGAAUAUUUACCUAGGAUGCUGUAAAGUAUUCCCAUGUUUCACGGAUAUUCUGUAAUCAGUAAGUAGAAAGGAUGUCCCAGCCAAUACCUGAUGUCCCAUUGCCUACUAUGGUGAACGCACUGCAUAUGUAUGAUAUUAAAU